AUGGCUGUUGUGGCGUGGUACUGGAUGGUGGCAGCUCUCGUGGUGCUAGUGGGGCUGCUCUGCCGGUACAUGACGCGGAACUUCAACUUUUGGAAGGAUCGAGGGGUGCCCUAUAUGAGGCCGUGGCCAUUCGUCGGCAAUAUGGGCACUGUGGUGGCUUGCAAAGAACACCUUGCAGACGUAGUCUUCCGGUGUUAUCGACUGGCAGGAGAUGUGCCCUUCAAAGGCAUGUUCGCCUUUGACCAACCUUUCUUGAUGGUCAAGGACCCAGAACUCGUGGGUCGUAUCUUCGUUGCAGACUUCGGCACGUUCCACACUCGCAAUUUCGAGGUCAACAGUGAGACUGAUACGGUUUUCGCCAAUUCGAUUUUCGGUGCACAGGGUCGAAAGUGGAAAGUAAUGCGGUAUAAACUGGUGCCAGCUUUCAGUUCUGGUAAAAUGAAAAAAAUGUUUCCUCUUGUCGAUGACGUCGGGAAAGAUCUAAUACAAAAUAUCCAGAAAGCUGUGAGAGAAGACAGCGCCGUCGACGUGCGCCAGGUACUGACGUGCUACACGGCGGACAUCGUGUGCUCCAUCUUCCUCGGCGUGGAGGGCGGCUCCCUGAAGAACGAAGACUCCCCAGUAUGUCGACAGCUGCACAGAUUCCUGCGGAAGGACGCUUUCGCUGGGCCGGCCUACGCCGUCUUCUUCCUCGCCCCGCAGUUACUGAGGUUCCUGCCCUUCAAGUUUACAUCCUCCGAUGCGGAGAAAGGCUUGUUCGACACGAUUGUUCAGGUGAUGGAUCAUCGGAAGAAAACGGGAGAGGUACGAGGCGAUGUAGUGGACGCGGUGCUACGCAUCUUCGAUGACCAGGAUGCUGAAACAGGCAAAGCACCUGCAAUGGAUGAAGCCUGGGAACAAUCAACAGAGCAGCAAGAUGAGGUUAUGGAUGUCAUAAAAGCAGUUUCAAACAUAAUGAUCUUCUUGGAGGGGGGAUUCGACACGACAUCUUCGGUAUUGACGUUUGCGCUGUAUGAGCUGGCCUUCCAUCAAGAUGUCCAAGAAAAACUGCGCCAGGAGAUCCAGAUGGUGACGGCGAAGCACAGAGGACAGCUCACCUAUGCUGCAGUGAUGGAAAUGACUUUCCUCGACAACACCAUGAGUGAGACCUUGCGGCUGCACCCACCUUUGAACUUCGUGGAUAGAAGGGCCACGGAAGACUACAGACUGCCGGGCACGGACCUCGUGCUGCCCAAGAACACAGCCGUGGUCGUUUCCCUGCUGGGGCUGCACACGGACCCACGGUACUGGAAGGAGCCUCUCCGCUUUAUACCGGAGAGGUUCAGCGACGAGAACAGCAAGAGGCGUCCACGAUUCACGUAUCUUCCAUUCAGCGACGGACCGAGGAUGUGCAUUGGUCCUAGGUUGGGCCAGUUGGUCGCCAAGACCGCCCUGGCACAUAUAAUCAGCAACUUCAGGAUCAGCCCGACCGCCAAGACUCCGCAGCCAUUGAUGAAGGACCCUGGGAAACUGGUCGGUGCACCCAAGGGGCAACUGGAACUCAGCUUUCAGCAGAUACCAAGCGAGUAA